AAUUUGUCUAGUCUUGCCCUAAUCUAUAAGCCAAAGGGCCCCACCUUAGCCUCACCCGCUCAACCCCAAUCCUUCAAUAAAUUUGCUGCGUUGCUUUUCUAUAUAACAUCCUCUCAACCAUACAUCACUUAUCAACAAACUUCAAUUAUUGCCAUCCAUUUUAUUUCGUUUCUCUUAUAAUCAAAACAUCAUCCCGAAUUUCAACCCAACAAUUUCCGUUAACACUGCGAUUUUCAUGGUCGACCCACAACCGUUUUUGAACUCAAGAUUCGCAUAAUUCUAUAAAAUAGUCAGUAUUUGCUUAUUACGAGAUUGUUUUUUUUUUCCUCCCCUCAUUUUAUAGUUUCUGAUUUCCUGAGGAAAAAUUCAUCUUUACACUUAAUUUGUAAUUAUGACUAUGCAAAUCAAGAAGCUGGUGUGCUUGCCUUCUCGUACCGGAAGGCAUUUACAGCGUUAUAAUCAGGGAUUUCGUCAGGUUGUUGGAUGUAUCCCAUAUAGGAUCAGAAAAAACAACAACAAAUCUCACCUAAUCCAUGGGACUCUUAUUGAAGAUGUAGAGAUCCUUCUAAUAAGCUCCCAAAAAAGUCCAAGAAUGAUGUUCCCAAAGGGUGGAUGGGAACUCGAUGAGGACAUCGAAUUAGCCGCUUCACGAGAGACUCUAGAGGAAGCCGGCGUAAUCGGGCUUCUCGGAGAAAAGCUAGGCGAAUGGAUAUUCAAGAGCAAAAGCCAAGAGAAGUAUCACGAGGGCUCGAUGUUCCCUUUAUUGGUCACCGAGGAAUUGGACACGUGGCCCGAGAAAAACGUCCGCCGACGAGUUUGGAUGACGGUUAACGAAGCUAGGGAAGCUUGUGCCCAUUCAUGGAUGAAAGAAGCCUUAGAGGUGUUCGUUUGCCAGCUGGCGCCUCGGCCGAGAGUCGAGGAAGAGAAAACAACACCGUUAGGUUCGUGUAGGUUGGCCUUGUGCCUGGCGGAAUCCAUUGGACCACAAAAUGCUGAUGAGGAUAUCGAUUGUUAUUUGAUCAGUUGAAAAAUAAGACUAUGACUAAAUUGUAGGUGCUCGACCCAUGUUCUUUAACGGGGGGAUUCAAGCUAGCAAAUGAUGGGGAUAUGGCUUGAAAGCGGGCGUUAAUAGGGUAGAAAUUAUAGGAGAAAGUAGAGUAGAUUGUACAGAUUGUUCAGUUUCAUUUUUCUUGUUCCUUUUUCUUUUUUCCUGCUGUUGUCCAUUCAAGUUCUUCACUUCUUGUUGCUGCUAUAAUUUGGAAUUUGUAAGAAAAUUGGUUUUCUACCGCUUUGUCUUGUCAGUGCAAUUUUCGGUAAAUGAAAAAAUUAUAAUUAAUUUCAAAAUUAUUUUAGGGUAAAUGACAUAUUAGUUCUGGACUCAUCC